AGGAAUUACCGUGGCGUGCGACCUUGUCGAGAAACAUAAAUCACCAGCUUGCAGAGUUUUACCCCUCUCAUCCGUGCUCUGCUCGCGUCCUCCGCCACCUCCACAGGCGUGUCCCAGCCAAUCGUACCUACGACGUGAGUUAGCAACUAGCUCAGUCUUUCUCCUUCCGCCGCAGGGCGCGCUGCAUGCCGUCGCUCUCGGCUUGAACAAUCGCCAUUGUCACGUAUCAAAACAUUGCGACCGAUCGCACUUCAUGUUGGUAGCAAGGUGCAUCUACGACGACUCGGACCAAAUACUGCCGAAAGCACGCAGCUUUUAGGUUUCACGGAACAACCAACGUUUCACCAUCUUUUCCACCUAGUUUUCUCACCCGAUGUCUACAGAAGAAGUCACCCAGGUUCAAGACGCCGCCGCUCCCUUCAAUGAUCACAAUGCCGAAGUGAUCCUCCGCACGAGCGACAACGUCGAUUUCUACGUCUACAAGGUCAUCCUCUCCAUGGCGUCCCCCGGCUUCAAAACCAUGUUUGCUCUUCCUCAGCCACUCAGCCCCCAAACUGCGCCCGUCAGUGCAAUGGUUAGCGGUAUCUCCACUGAAGAGCCGGAGCACAAACACGGAGUGCCGGUCAUCCCAGUCGCCGAGGACGCUCGCACUCUCGAUCCACUCCUGAGGGCUUGCUAUCCGGGACUGGGUCCUAACGUCACCUCUCUCGACGACGUUACCCGCAUCCUCCUCGCGUCAGAGAAAUACGAGAUCAAAGCAUUUCACAGACUGGCGGAGUUCAUUUUGAAGGAGCAUAUCGACACGGAUCUCGUUCGAGUUUACGCCAUCGCUUGUCGCUUCGGUCUCGAAACAAUCAAGUCUUCCGCUCAGGAGAGUUCUGUGGGGAAGGAUAAGGUGGAGCUGCUACGUGCUGAACCAGAUGAACUUAAGCUGCUGACGGUUGAGCAGUAUCGUGACCUAGUUGCGUAUGACCCGCGGAAGAAGAGGCUUGCCUCGAGAGCGACUCAGAUGAGGAAUAGGAAGUUUUUCGAAUGAUUCACCGUUGGUAACCAGGCCGAUGAAAUGUUGGUGGAGGUGCGAGUAAAACCCAAGGCUCAAGAAGUGCAAUCCUGAGCCCGUGGGAACGGAUGGAUAAAUUAUUAAAUAAUUGCGAUUGUGCUUGAGUACUUAUUUACGUAAUUGCCGAGAUAACAACAUGCUUG